AAGAUUUACUGAUGACAUUAAAAAUGUUCAUGCAAACGACUGUGUAUGCCACAGAGAAGUCCAAACAGAAUCUUGCAUCCUAGUAAAUGACCAAGCCAAUCAAUUACGCUGACACGCUCGGCAUUAAUCGGGUUUAUUACCGGGCUCUCCUGCUACCUGUUUUGGUUUUUAAUGCAGUAGAAUUUUAUGAUCAAUAAGCAUCUUAAACAUCACCCCUUAAACUAAACAAUGAAAACAUUAUUUUAAAAGAUUUUUUUAAAUGAAUACCUAUAAGUAACGUUUAAGUAAAAAGGUUUUUAAAAACUGUGCUUUCACGGAUUUUAUUUCGGGAAAUUGUACCCAACAAAGAUUGCACCGCGCGACAUCGGAAAACAGACGGACGCUGAUCGACGGGACGAAUUUUGGCAACAUGACGCUGUUUCAUUUUGGAAAUUGCCUUGCCCUCAGCAUUGGGCCCUACUUUAUUUUAUACAAAUGUUCUGGAUUAUCAGAGUAUCAAACCAUAUGGAAACUGGGCAAGGCAGGUCUGGCUUAUUUUCUCACUCAACUAUGCAAAAUGCUUGUUCUAGCAACAUUUUUUCCAAUGACAGAAUCAACAAGCACGCAACAUAUUGAUAUACUCAGCGAAUUUUUAAAAUCAACAAUGGACCUUAGUGAUUUAUUGGGACUACAUCUUCUGAUGCUUCGAAUUCCAGGACGUGGAGAACUUAAAGUCUUGGUUGCUGGCUUAGGAUGGGCCUCCUCUGAAUUUUUAACAACAAAGCUAAUCCCACUCUGGGUUGGUGCAAGAGCUAUUGAGUUUAACUGGAUACAUACACAGCUUAGUUUUGAUACAAAUAUUAGCUUGGUUCUUUACCUAACAAUUGCUGCAUUGAUCUGGCUGUGGUCACGAACCGAUUUACAAAAAGUUUAUUCUCCUGUUGUUGUGAUUCUACUUGCGCUGUGUUGUUACAGACCUUUGGUGUUAGAAAUAAUGUCGUACAUGUUCCACAUCUCGUCAUGGAGUCUGCUUAUCUUCAAAGCUGUGUAUACCUGUGGUAUUGGAGCGCUCGCCCUUCAAAUUUAUAUCGGUUUGGUUAAAACAUUAAAAACAUAUUAAGAUUUUAUCUCCUUUAGAUAUAAUUGUGUUAAAAGAUCAGAUUAAUUUUACUUGUGGCAAACAUGUCGGAGUUAAACUAGUUUUUAUAAAAGUUGUGCGAUAUGUAUUCUCUUGAACGAUAACAGACUCACCAA